AUGCAGUUUCUGUGGACGGCUGCUCUGAUUGUCGGAUGUCUGGGGGCUCCCCUCACUCCACCCUUCAGUAAGGUGGCCGAGAGCAUGGAAGGCAUGACCCAGACCCCGAUGGGCUCCGUUGAUCUUGCGCUGACCGAGAGGGAUCGUCGUGUGUGUUCUAGCCUGUUGUAUGUUCCCCGACCUAACCCGACUAAUGCUUUGGACAUGAUGAUCACUGACUCAGUUCCCUGGAUAGAACAAUGUAUGAUCAAGCUGCCAAUCCUCCACGGACGAGCUAUACUGACCUCAGCAGGGCACUGUGGUAUGUAUCCAUCUGUUUGCUUGAACAAGUCGGAAUUAGCCCCACUAACACAGGCCUCAUCUGCUUUCCAGAACAACAAUGUUUUGACAAUGCUAAUGAGCCUACAGAGCUUAAUGAGUGCAUUUUGUGUGUCCAGUUUUUUCCGGCAGUGUUACACCCUUCGUGGUUCUUCCCGUGUACCUGUCACUGACCAGUCACAGCGCGAGUCGCCCACCAUGACCACGGAUGGAGACGUCAACCCGACCAACGAUGGCACUGUCAACAACAACGUCUCCUUCCUCCGCUUCUGCUAG